AGUUGAUCGACAAUGAGACCUGCAUGCUUUAAAGUAUUUGGUCAAACCAUUGAAUGGUUCAUAUGUGAAAUCCUUAAGACCAUAUCGUCAUCUAGAGAUUUCAGUUUCCUCAACGAUGCAGUGUGCCAAGUGUAGAUCAGGUCUUUUUUGGUGGUGGCGUUUUUGUCCAGAAUGCGGAGAAAAGGUCAUUAAACAACCGGAUCGAAACGAAGGAGGUAUUCAAGAAAAUGAAAUGAUACAAAAAGACGAGGUUAUCAAGCUUCUGGAAGAUAUUAACCAAAGUGACGUUCCGAAACUGAUGCUAAUGCUAGAAGCGAAAUACAAUGAAAUGGACAAUACUAUGAUAAAAGUGGCAUUGGUCGGCCCAACAGGAAGUGGAAAAUCAAGUCUUAUUAAUGCUUUAAGAUGCAUUAAGGACGACGAAAAAGGUGCUGCAAAAACCGGAUGCACUGAAACAACAAAAGAACCGACAGGCUAUCCAUUCCCAAAUCACAAGAACGUGCAACUCUGGGACAUGCCGGGUGUUGGGUCGAUAAACUUUACAAAAGAUGAUUAUAUAGAAAGAAUGAAAUUUGAAGAUUUUGAUUUCAUUUUGCUCGUGACAAGCACGCGUUUUACUGCGGAUGAUGCAUGGUUGGCAAAUAACAUCAAAGCUAAAUUUCCCGUCGCCAAAAUAUUUUUCAUAAGAACGAAAAUUGAAAACGACAUUAGAAACAUAAAUGGUGGAAGAAGGAGACCUAUGACUGAAAAAGAAAAACAGGACUUACUCGACAAAAUUAGAAGAGAUUGCACGGAUAACCUUAUUAGAAGUGAUUGUAGGGAUCCCUGUAUUUUUCUGUUAGAUAAUCAUAGAAUAUACGAGUACGAGUUUCGAAAGUUUCUUGACACGCUUUUACAAACUCUCUCAGGUUUAAAGAAAAAUAUUCUAGUUAUGGCGAUGAGUAUCAUCACUGAAAUUAUAGUUCCACUAAAGAUCCAACGACUUCGAGAGAGAAAAUCGGAGGUCAGCAAACUAGCAGCUAAGGUGGUCGUUACUAGGAAAACAAAAGAAGAAGGCCAUCCUGAAUUAGAUAUUCUUAAGGCUGAAAUAGACUUAUAUAUGGAGCAACUUGGUAUUAACAAACAAUCUGUGAACAAAUUUGUGGAGCUAUUUGAUGCGAAUACUGAUGAUGUUGAACAAUCACUUGCUUUGGUCAUAUUAUACACGCAAACAACUUUUAAUUACUAUAUCAAGUUGCAAGACACACAAGCCCCAUCGUUUUGGUUUCAUUUACCCAUCAUAGGCAAAUGGUUGGCUUUGAAAGAACAUCAAACAGAAUGUUAUAAUAUCCUUGACACCAUAUUGGAAUGUUGCAUUAAAGGAAAUAAACAAAUCUUUGAAAUGGUCGAACAAUUCGCAAAAGGUUCUACGAGAGGCGCCAAAAUUAUAAUUGAACAAAAUCUCUAUUCACGUUUAGACAGUACCGCAUGAAAAGAAACGUACACAUUUAUUUAACUC